AUGUCUCUCCCGUGGUGGCAGGCCUCAUUGGUGCUACUGUCCUUGUGGUCUCUGUCUCAGUAACAGUUUUUGUGUGGACAUGCUGUCACCAGCAAGCAGAAAAGAAGCACAAAACCCCACCAUACAAAUUCAUUCACAUGUUGAAAGGCAUCAGUAUCUACCCGGAGACCUUGAGUAACAAGAAGAAAAUUAACCGAAUCCGGAGAGACAAGAAUGGCCCUCCUAAGGAGACGGGACGGGGAAACCUCUUGGUGGAUGCCGCCGAAUCUGGUCUAGUAGGCUCCGAAAAGGCUCCAGAUGGGCCAAAUGCAGCCCCCCACGUCGACCAGCUCCCAAUAAAAGUCGAUUAUGGAGAUGAACUAAGUCCAGAUCAAAGCCUCACUCCGGGAGGAAGUAAAACCUCCUCCCCAUCUUCUCCAGGGGAUGACGUGAUGUUGGGUGAACUGACUUUCUCAGUGGACUACAACUUCCCCAAAAAAGCGCUGGUAGUUACCAUUCAGGAGGCUCACGGGCUGCCGGUGAUGGAUGAGCAUACUCGGAGCUCUGACCCUUACAUCAAGAUGACAAUUCUUCCAGAUAAAAGGCAUCGAGUGAAGACUCGUGUCCUUCGCAAGACGCUCGACCCAGUCUUUGAUGAAACCUUCACCUUCUACGGGAUCCCGUACAGCCAGCUCCAGGAUUUGGUGCUUCACUUCCUCGUGUUGAGCUUCGAUCGCUUUUCUCGAGAUGACGUUAUUGGAGAGGUCAUGGUGCCCCUUGCGGGGGUGGAUCCAAGCACUGGAAAGGUUCAGCUGACCAGGGAGAUCCUCAAAAGGAACAUACAAGUAAGUCACUUCAUACAGCGUGACAAAGACUCCUCGCGUUGUGUUUGGUCCCCGGUGCUUUGA